CAUGAUUGCGAUCCGUUUCAGUUACGAUUUUGCCUCCGAUACGGCUGAAGGUGCGUGGAUUUUCUUCUAUCGGGCGAAGUAACAGUGCCAGUCUCGUGGCUGGGAACAAGUCCAGAGGAUAUUCAAAGGAAAAUUCUCAAGGAUAUCAUUUAAUAUCAAAUUGUGCUGAUCGAUUGAUAGUGAUUGAAAGCGAUAAUUUCUAUUCAAUUCGCCAAUUGAACGCACCGUGAAUCCUGUUUUGUGUACUCAAAAAUUCCUUAAAAGUGAUUUUUCGGUGAAAAGUGUGUUUUCAAAAAAUUUUCAUUUGGCGAUUACCAGGAGCCUUUGAAAAUAAAUUUUGGAUGCUGUGAAUUUCAUCAAGUUGUGAAAAGUUUCGCGAAGAAAAUUCAGUGAAAAUUUGAAAUCCCGCUCCUGUCGCCGGCACAGCGAGCACGGCCAGUGUUGCUCUGGAAUCGAAUUGAAUAAACAAUGUGAGCGGCCUGCUAAAUAUUUACAUCUUCAAAAUUAGGACAUUCAGAUCUGGGGGAUACUUCCACUAAGAACGUUUUUCGCUAUUCAUCUAGAUUCAGCUGGGUUUCGGGUGAAACAACUACAGUGCAAAAUGCACCUGUCCAUAAUAGUUUUAAUUAUCGCUCUUGCUGUUGGCGGAGUAUAUUCGAAUCAUGUUCGGACUAAACGAAUGUACGGAUUGUGCCCGCCUAAUUUUUACAGAAUCGGCUCCCUCUGCUACUUCAUUUCACGCGAAAAGCUCAACUGGCUCGACGCGCAUUUCGAGUGCAAGGACAAGAACAGCAAGCUGGCGGAACCGGGAAAAAUCACAGACAGACAACUGAGAAAGUAUCUGAUUGCUGCAGAUGAAAAUCGAGAUGAGAUUUGGAUUGGCGGGUCGUACGAGUGGAACAAAAACAAGUGGGUCUGGGGUUACAGUGGGAAUGACAUGAAAUAUCAAUCAUUUAGCCAAAUGGAUCCUCGGAGCAGCCAGGAUUUACAAUAUCAUUGUGCCGUGCUUAAUCCCGACCUUAAGUACAGAUGGUCAGCACGACCUUGCGUGGAUACGCAUCGAUUCAUUUGUCAACACAAAAUGCCAAAAGUCACCGCUAGAAACCGUGCAAAGGUAUACAAUCGCUGGAAUGAGACAUAUCCACAUCAAAUGGCGAAUGAAGUGAUAUUGGAAGUGGUUGAUGAUGGACGCUUGCCAAGAAUAAAGCAGCGAUUGAUAACAUAUAAAAAUGUAACGUAUGAAGUCACUUGCAAACUUCGCCCGUUGAAUCAUCGAAGACGGAAACCUUCCAUUCAAACUUCUACAACGGAAUCAAACAUUUUACCCACCUCGGAUACAAGCCAACCCCUCAACGAUGUCCCACCUACUGAGGCAGGAAAACCUGGCCAGAAACGAUCGCAGUGGCCUGCUCAAAUUACUGGUCAGAACAAUGAAACUAUUGAAAAGCCUCGGCGUAGAACAGAUUUUGAUAAAAUAGCACAGCGAAAGCGUCAGAAGGAACUAAGACGACGAAAGCGUAUCCAGCAGAAGAGGAGACAGGAAGCAUUGGAGGCGAAGAGAUUACGAAAAGAGAAGGAAGCUGCGAAAAACCGAACCUACGAUGCUCAACAUUUCCCCCCACCUGUAACAGAAAUUCUUAUGUUCCCCGAUAUCGGAAGUGAUUCCGUUCCUUCGACUUCUACUCAACGAAUCAAUUUGAAUGUUGAAGAUAGAAAGGAAUAUUUCCCAUUUGUUGAAAAGGAAGACGAAAAAGAGCCUGAAAAACCAACUGAAAAAUUAACUGAAAAGCCAACUGAAAAACCAACUGAAAAGCCAACUGAAAAACCAACAGAAACCACAACAUCCACUACACCUGCUCCAGUCGCUUUAGAAGAAGAAUAUAUCAAACCAAUUGGCACGAAACGUGAUUCAGUUCAAGAUAAACAAGGCGAUAACCUUCCGAAAGUUCCAACAGCGAAUGAACCUCCCGAAAAAUUUGACGAAUACCUUAACAAACUAGAACAACAAAAAAUCGAAGAGCAGAACCGUAUUGUAGAAGAGCAAAGGAAACGUGAAAACUUGAAGAAAUUACGAGAGAAGGAAAUUGAACGUCUGAAGAAGCUUGAUGAGGAACAGAAGAAGGUAGAAAAGGAAUUAGCUGAAGAUUUAAAACGGCAAGAAGAAGAAGCCCUCAAAAUCAAAGAAGAGGAAGAACGUAUUCGCAUAGAAAAGGCUAAAAAGGAGGAAGCAGAAAAGCAGCGAUCACUUGAAAAGCAGGCAGCUCGGAUGGAAGCCCUUCGUAAAUAUAAGGAAAAGCUUCGAAAGCAGAAAGAGGAAAAACUCCGCCAGGCACUUUCCAGCCAAAGCACAGAGAACACAUCGAAAAACGAAAACGACACGGGACCAUCCGCUUCACCAAAUACUUCAAAUAUUACAGAAGAGGAGAAAAAAUUACGUCUGCAAAAACUUCGUGAUCGAAUUGAAAAACUGACACCUGAACAACGGCAACGAUUCCAUGAACUACGAAUGCAACGGAAAAAACAAAAACUAAAGAGAUCGCACAUUACUAACAAACGAUCUGUACUCAUUCCAUAGAGCGGGUAACGAGUCAAAUUGUCCACCUCAAUCCUUCAUUUAUCACUCGCCAAACAUUAUUGAAUAGCUACUAAUCUAUUGACUCCUUCGUAUUAAGUAUAUUUAUGCAUCUACUUUAGACCUCACAGUUCCAGCAAAUCAUUGCAUUGAGCACGCCUGCCCAAGCAGUAUCGUUCACACAAAAAACAAAUUCACACGCAAAAAGGAUGUAUGCAGAAACCAAGUAUAUGCGAAUAUUUUUUAAGAAAUUUUUGAACUUGAAAAGAAUGCGCAAAACUGUUUUGUAUUUUGUAUAUAAAAUAUUUUGGAUUUCCAAGCUUUUAAGGAAAUGCUUCAUACUUUCGGCAUUUGUAAAAAAUUACUAAAAAUUAUAGAAAAAAUUAAGGAAAGAUGGAGACAGACCAGAAAUCUGUUUACACCAACAACUACUUAACUGAGAUUGUAACGCCCUUCAUAAAUUUCGUUACUUUAAGGAAUAUAUUUAAAGCGACACUUAUGAAAUUUAAUGUCCAUGCUAAGAGCAAUAAAAACAUGAUAUCACCUGUUUUUGUUAAAAAUUCAAAUUAGGAAUCUGGAAAACUCGUAGAAUUUAUUGUAAAAAUUCAUAAUGCAAGUUUGCAGAAAGAGAAACACAAAAAAAAAUGGAAAAGAAUAUUACGUUAUUUUUAUAUUUGUUAAAAUAUGUCUUACUCUUAAUAUAGUGCUUUAAAAUUAACAAUUGUACGCGUAUGCGACCGGAAGAUUAUGAACGCAUAUUGUGCAAAUUGAGAAAAUUGUUAAAAUUUGUAUAAUAAAGAACCAUAAAACCGG